AUGCCGCCCACCAAGCCUUCAUUCAAGAGUUCCACAAAGACACAGGGAAAGUCUUACAAGGGCAUGAGAAACACUGAUGUUCUUUCCGCAGGAUCAAAGAUCUAUGCAAAGAAAAGAAAGGUCAACAAGGAGACAAUUCCCAGUGUCGACUUUGACUUUGAUAAGCGAAAAGAAUUCUUGACAGGUUUCUCUAAACGUAAGCAGGAACGUAAGAAGAAGACUAUUGAAAAGUACCAGGAAAUUGCACGACAAGACAGACUUGCUGCUCGCGCUGAGUCCCGUGCCGAGCGAAAGAGAACAGCAGAGCAAAACGUAGCACAUAUGGCCGAGUUGAUGAGAAACAAUCGAGGUGUUGGACUUUCAGACGACGAAGACGAAACUGUAUUCGAUGACGAUGAUGAAGAAGAAGAAAGUGAAGAAGCAAUUGCAGAUAAAAAUAAGCCUGACGUUAAGGAGUUCAAGUCAAAAUCUGCUUUGACUACUGUCACAGUUAUCGAGGAUAUUGAUCUGGAUGAAGAGGAUUAA